AGCCAUAUUUUUUCGAAGUGCUUGCCUCGCAUUCGUCUUGUUCCUGCAUCUACCUCUAAGUGCACGCGAUGAGCGCGGCCAAUCCUGUUAGACAGCUCUUCUCGACGCAGGGCCUCGAAGUAGGCCAGGUCCAGCGACUGCUUAAGAGCGUUCAUGAGCUCGGAGUGCCCGUCACCGCCUUUGCCACGGAGUUCUGCUUCAACGUCGAGUCCAGCGCGCCCCUCAGCCCAGAGGACAUGACAAAGGUAAAGUGGUGCCUAGCCGAGGGGGGCCACGUAAUCUCCGCCGAGACCCGCCUGAGCGCAACAGGGCACGACUUCAUCAUUGAGGUCGGGCCGCGCAUGAACUUCACCACAGCGUGGAGCACGAACUGCGUCUCGGUGCUGCGGGCAGCAGAGGUGGAGUCAGUCUCGCGGCUGGAGCGCUCCCGGCGCCUUCUGGUGUCCUCCGCCGCGCCGCUGUCGAAGGAGGAGAAGGCAACCUUGGUCGAUGCCCUCCACGACAGAAUGACGGAGAUGGUGUACCCGACCCCCAUCGCUUCAUUCGAGAGCGGCGUUGUCCCCAAGCCAGUGCAGUGGAUCCCAGUUCUGAAGGAUGGUAGGGCUGCGCUGGAGCAGAUAAACAAGGAGCUUGGUCUCGGCUUCGACGAUUGGGAUUACGAGUAUUACCUGAACCUUUUCGUGAACGACCUGAAGCGUGACCCUUCGGAUUGCGAGCUCUUCGACCUGGCACAGUCCAACUCCGAGCAUUCGCGCCACUGGUUCUUCGGGGGCAAGAUGGUCAUCGACGGCCAGGAGCAGGAGGAGUCCCUGUUCAAGAUCGUCAAGGAGACGCUCUCCAAAAACCCCAACGCCAACAAGAACAGCGUGAUCGCUUUUCACGACAACAGCUCGAGCAUCGUCGGUGCGAAGGUGCCAAUGCUCCUGCCCACCUACUACACGGGGCAGGCGGGGGAGCCUGGCAAGCCCUGUGCGUACACGCAGGCGGACGUGGACAUGGACCUGCUCCUCACGUGCGAGACGCACAACAUGCCGACGGGCAUCUGCCCCUUCAACGGAGCCGAGACCGGCACGGGGGGUCGCCUGCGCGAUGUGCAGGCCACAGGCAUCGGGGGGUCGUACGUCGCCGGCACCAUCGGGUACUGCGUAGGCGCGCUGAACCUGCCCCACGACAAGAAGCCUUACGAGGACCCGAGCUGGAGCUAUCCCUCCACAAUGGCCAGCCCCGCUAGGAUCCUCAUCGAGGGCUCCAACGGAUGCAGCGACUAUGGCAACAAGUUCGGGGAGCCCCUCAUUCUCGGCUUCUGCCGCUCGUUUGGGCUGCGCACCGCCGGAGGGGAGCGCCGCGAGUGGAUCAAGCCCAUUCUGUUCACGGGCGGAUUUGGGCAGAUGGACAGCAAGCACAGGAAGAAGCUCGACCCUGAGGUCGGCAUGAAGGUCGUGAAGAUCGGCGGGCCUGCCUACCGCAUCGGCAUGGGCGGCGGCUCCGCUUCCUCCAGGGCAGACGGGGACUCCCGCUCCGACCUGGACUUCAACGCGGUGCAGCGCGGUGACGCAGAGAUGGAGCAGAAGAUGAACCGCGUGAUCCGGGCCUGUUGCGAGCUGGGCGAGCGCAACCCGUUCAUCCAGCUGCACGACCAGGGAUGCGGUGGGAACUGCAACGUGCUGAAGGAGGUCCUCGACCCGAUCGGCGGGCAGAUCGACAUACGCGAAAUUGUCCUGGGAGACCCCACCAUGUCCGUAGUGGAGAUUUGGGGCGCUGAGUAUCAGGAAAGCAACUGCUGCCUCGUCCGCGAGGAGUCACUGCCGCUCCUGAGGCAGAUCGCCGAGCGCGAGCGCUCCGCCGUCACCGCCGUUGGCACCAUCACUGGCGACGGCACGUGCACCGUGCUCGACAAGAGAGACGGCUCCGUCCCCGUGCAGCUGCCGCUGGACAAGGUCCUCGGCAAGCUGCCCCCUAAGACGUUCCGGUCGAACCGCGCGGACCUCGUGCCCGCGGCGGACCCGCCCGGCAUCGCCGCGGCGCUGUUCGGCCGCUCCGACGCGACCUUGCUGCCGGUGACCCUGGACCUAGUGCUGUCGAACGUCACGGUCGGUUCCAAGAGGUUCCUGACCAACAAGGUGGACCGCAGCGUCACUGGGCUCAUUGCGAGGCAGCAGUGCGUCGGGCCACUGAUGACGCCCCUCGCCGACUGCGCGGUGAUCGCGCACUCGAUGCUGACGCCGGACGGCGUGCCCGUGAGGGGCGGCGUGACCGCCAUCGGCGAGCAGCCCAUCAAGGGCCUCCUCUCCGGCCCCGCGAACGCACGCAUGUCCGUCGGCGAGGCGCUCACGAACAUCGUGUGGGCCAAGUGCACCGCCCUGGGUGACAUCAAGUGCUCGGGCAAUUGGAUGUGGGCAAGCAAGCUCCCCGGCGAAGGCGCCCUGAUGUACGACACGGCGCUGGCGCUGCGCGAGGUGAUGCACACCCUGGGCGUGUGCAUCGACGGCGGCAAGGACUCGCUGUCGAUGUUCGCCCGCACGGACACGAAAGAGUUGGUGAAGGCCCCCGGGGAGCUCACCAUCUCAUUGUACUGCAGCUGCCCCGACGUGACCAUGACCGUAACGCCCGACCUCAAGCGCCCAGCGUCCAAGGCCGGCCAGGGCUCCGGCUUCACGCCCCCGCCGCGCGCUGGCGGCGAGGCCGAGGCGGUGCUGCUGCUGGUGCAGAUCGCUGGGCCAAAGUUGGCGCGCACGGGCGGCUCGGUUGCCGCGGCGUGCUUCGGGCGCCUCGGCGACACGCCAGCGGACUGCGAGCCGCAGGUAGCGGAGGCCUUGAAGAAGGCAUUCAACGUCACGCAGGACCUCAUCGGCAGGCGUCUCAUCUCCGCGGGCCACGAUCGCAGCGACGGCGGCCUCGCCGCCGCCGUGCUCGAGAUGGCCUUCGCGGGCAACUGCGGCGUGAUUCUAGACGUCUCGGGGGCGGAGGUGGCAGGGCAGACGACCCUCGAGGCCCUCUUCCACGAGGAGCUCGGCCUCGUGCUCGAGGUCGCCGCGUCGCAGGCCGACGCCGUCGCGGCCGCCUACACCGCCAAGGGGGUGUCGUGCGUGCGCAUCGGAGCGCCGUGCGCUGCGGACAAGGUGACGAUCAUCGGCAAGUCGGGGCAGGUGGAGCUGGAGGACAAGAUGACCGCGCUGCGCGACCGCUGGGAGAGCAGCUCGUUCGCGCUGGAGAUGAUGCAGGCCAACCCCGCCUGCGUGGAGCAGGAGCGCGACAGCAUGGCAGUGCGCAGCACCCCCCCGAUCCACGCCUCGAUCCCCAGCCCGCAGCCGCAGUGGUCGCUCACGGCCGGCGCGCCCAAGGUCGGCAUCGUGCGCGAGGAGGGCAGCAACGGCGACCGCGAGAUGGCCGCCGCGUUCCGCCUGGCGGGCUUCGAGUGCUGGGACGUAACAAUGACCGACUUGGCCAAGGGGGCGAUCGGCCUCGAGCAGUUCCGAGGGCUCGCGUUCGUCGGCGGCUUCUCCUACGCCGACACGCUCGGCUCCGCCAAGGGCUGGGCGGCCACGUGCAUCUUCCAGCCCACGGUCGCCGCGCAGCUGGGCGCCUUUUACAAGCGGACGGACACCUUCUCCCUCGGCGUAUGCAACGGCUGCCAGCUGCUGCACCGGCUGCAGUGGGUGCCAUUCGGGCCCGGGGCCGUGCCCGAGGAGGACGCCCCGCGGCUGGCGCACAACGAGUCCGCCAGGUUCGAGUCGAGGUACAUCAACCUGCGCGUGGAGAGGUCGAGCAGCAUGUGGUUCGCGGGCAUGGAGGGCAGCAUCCUCGGCGUCUGGUCCGCGCACGGCGAGGGGAAGUUCGAGUUCCCGGACCCCGCGCUCCUGGAGCGUGCGGAGAGGGAGGGGCACGUCCCGCUCCGCUACGUGGACGACCAGGGCAGGGCAACCAAGGCCUACCCUUACUGCCCCAACGGCUCGCCCGGGGGCAUCGCCGGAAUGACUACGAAGGACGGCAGGCACCUGGCCCUCAUGCCUCACCCGGAGCGUUCGGUGCUCAAGUGGCAGCUGCCCUGGAUGCCGAGCGAGUGGAGCCGCGAGGGGCCGCAGGCCGCGCCCUGGCUGCAGCUCUUCGUCAACGCCAGGCGGUUCUGCAGCUGAACAGAGGAGCAGACCGAGGCCGCCCACGCGGGUGCCCCCUGCCAAGCAGGGCGCCCACGGCUUUAGGACAAGCAAUACAACGCGCUCGUGCCGACCGCUUGGAGAGCGGGGGGCCAUGCGUCUUUCGCGCAUUCGGGUUCGAGUGCACCUCUCUCGGAGGAGAACAUCCCUGUUUCGACCACUCGCGGGGAGCCCGAUUGAGUAGGCUUGAUAUCGGGGAUACCACCCACUUUGAAGCCUGCCUGGGCGCCGUGCCCCCAGCCGGCGGCUGGCGGCUCGGGUGCACCCGCCCUCUCCAUCGGCACCCGAGCGCUCUCCCCCGGUGCCUCUAGGAUGAUGGACUCCUCCUGGGACUCUUGACUCUGGCGCCAGCGCACGAGGCGCGGCGGCCAGAAUGGCAGCCCCCUUGGCCGGCUGGCGGCGGCCCGCGCGGCCUCUCCGCCCCGCCGGGGCUGUCCGGCGUCUCUCGCAGGGCACGGCAGGAAGCACGCACAGCAAUCAGCAGCCAUACCGGGCAGCCAACCAGACGUUCGAUGGGUGGUUGUGCCGGGUUUCAGGCAGACGCUGGAUCGUUCCACCGCUCCCACACCUUGAGCUUCGCCGAUGUGUAUGGCACGCGGCG